UUGUUUUUUAUUUUUUAUUUUUUAUUUGCUGUGUAAUGUCUCCCUCCAUCUCGCUUUUAGUUUGUCAGUUUGUGUCUGAACGAGAAUGGUGAAAGUCCCACUGCAACUUCCUCCUCCGCUCCUUCUACUUCUUCUUCUUCCUCUGCUGCUGCUGCUGCUACUUCUGCAACUGUCGUUUUGUUGAACGUUCCUCUGCCAUUGUCCAUAUUCGCGUUCUUCUUUAGUUUGUCUUCUCCACUCACAUUGUGAUCUUUCCAAUCCCUUCUAUCCUCCACGUUCAGUAGCAAAGUACAUGCCCAGAAGGGGGGGAUAUAGAGCCAAAUCAAUCGGAUGGAGCAAUACGACAUUCUAGAGCAAAUCGGGAAAGGAGCUUUCGGUUCUGCUCUUCUUGUGAGGCAUAAGCAUGAAAAGAAGAAGUAUGUGCUGAAAAAGAUUCGUCUUGCCCGCCAGACUGAUAGAUCUCGUAGAUCUGCACAUCAAGAGAUGGAGCUUAUUUCUAAAUUACGAAAUCCAUUUAUCGUUGAGUACAAGGAUUCUUGGGUGGAGAAGGGUUGCUAUGUGUGCAUUAUUAUUGGUUAUUGUGAAGGAGGUGACAUGGCAGGAGCUAUAAAAAAAGCCAAUGGCCUUCUUUUCCCUGAAGAGCAGAUGCUCUGUAAGUGGCUAGUUCAACUCCUAAUGGCACUUGACUACUUGCACAUGAAUCAUAUUCUUCAUCGUGAUGUGAAGUGUUCAAAUAUAUUCUUGACGAAAGAUAAAGACAUACGUCUUGGUGAUUUUGGACUUGCAAAAAUGUUGACCUCAGAUGAUCUUGCUUCCUCUGUUGUGGGAACUCCAACCUAUAUGUGUCCUGAGCUCCUUGCUGAUAUACCUUAUGGUUCAAAAUCAGAUAUCUGGUCUCUGGGAUGCUGUAUAUAUGAAAUGACAUCUCAUAAGCCCGCAUUCAAAGCAUUUGAUAUUCAAGCACUGAUCAACAAAAUUAAUAGGUCUGUUGUGGCUCCGCUUCCAACAAAAUAUUCUGGCGCAUUUCGAGGCAUUGUUAAAAGCAUGCUGCGGAAAAACCCAGAACUUAGGCUAAGUGCAGCAGAGCUGCUCGGGCAUCCCCAUCUUCAGCCUUAUGUCCUUAAGGUUCAUAUCAAGAUCAAUAGCCCCAGACGCAGUAGUUUACCAUUUUCCAGGCCGGAAACCACUUAUAUGAAGAAAACUAGAUUUUCAGAGCCAAAGGAUGUUCCUCUUGAUAGGUACAGGGAGAAGCGCUGUUCAUUCAGCAAUGAUAGGGCUUUGAAUCCAAGCAUAUCUGGGGCUGAUCAAGAUUCUCUAUGCUCUACACAAGAAAUUCAUGAUACACCAAGUUUUUUAAAUCGAAGGUUGCAAGAGCCAUCUGUUGGAGGCAUCCAUAAGGAGAUUGCCAUUUCUAAGACUAUUAUUGCGAAAGCUUCAGAUAUUACGAAGUCUUCAAGACGUACUCCAGCGAAAGAUUCUUGUGCUUCUAAAAGAAGGGAAUCGUUUGCCAUUUCACCCACUCCAAGAAAAUCUGUCACUACAGCCCGAAGAGCUUCUUUGCCCAUGUCAACAAGAGGUUCAGGUACUCAUAAGUCCCCAUGCAGGCCCAAUAUUGGUAUUCUUCGCUCACUAAAAUCUCCCGAUGUUUCUGUAAAUUCCCCUGGAAUUGACAGAAUAGCUGAAUUCCCAUUAGCCUCUUAUGAAGACCCAUUCUUCUUUAUCGGUAAAACUUUAUCAACCUCGGCACAAGGUUCCUCUGGCUCCCCAGUCAUGUACAAUGAUCAAUCCAUCACUAAAGACAAAUGUACAGUCCAAAGCAAUAGAGCUUCUGCCAAACCCAGUUUUCCCGAUGCAUGGCAGGGACUUCCUCACACCAUGCUUGAAGCAGUUAGACAGGAAAGGAGUGAUGAAUGCUCUGAUCAAAAUGCAACUGCUGGGGCAUCAAGCAGAACGUCAUCGGGUUCUCAUCACCGCCAGUUUGACACAUCCUCAUUCCAGCGAAGAGCUGAAGCUUUGGAAGGGGUGCUUGAAUUUAGUGCAAGGUUGCUGCAACAGGAAAGGUAUGACGAGCUUGGGGUGCUGCUAAAGCCAUUUGGUCCUGGGAAGGUCUCCCCCAGGGAAACUGCUAUCUGGUUGACCAAGAGCUUCAAGGAGAAUGCUCUGAAGCAGGAGGAUUAAUUAGCACCAUUAAAGCUGCAGCCACAUGUACCAUAAAUCUAUCUGUAACAACUUAAUAUAGCCAGAUCUAUUGUUUUUGACAUGUUGAGGCGCUAGGAGUCUAGGCAGAGAUGCUGAUAUAGUAGAUUUUUUGUCAGAUUUACUGUCAUUUACAUGACCUCAAUGUUCUUCAUGCAUCGAUUUAAUGAUUUUGAUUGAGAUGGGAAUUUAGGUAACAUCUCGUUCAUGGAUCUUUAUGUAGCUUGACAGAUGAGGUGAUGAGAUGAAAGUGUCGUUAUAUGUCACCUAUCAAACCUUUACAACCGGCCGGACCGAGUCAAACAAUAUUUUGUUCUUCUGAUCAA